GUGCAGCUUCGCUAAGAGCGCGGGGAGCUGAGGUUUGGAGUCGGUUGCUGGGAGUACGUCGCGUCGCGUCGCGUCGCCGACUCCGACUCCGACUCCGACUCCGACUCCGGCUGGGGGCUUCGGCUGCAGGCGACUGCUUCGGAGCGGGUGGUGGUUCCUCCAGUGCCCGGCCCCUCUCUCUGCUUCCCCGCCGUGCGCCUGGGGGGCUCCUGCCGACCCUGCGCCCCGCGCAACCCUCGGCUGCGGCCUCGACUCGCUGCGGGCGCUGCUGGGGACGCCGUGGACCUAGUGGAGCUGCGCCCCCGGGGGCCCCUCGUCCUUGAGAAGCUAGUCAUCGACACCCCCCUGGACCAGGCCGAGGGCCCUCCGCCGGGGAGCAGGGCCGCUUCCCCCAUGGAGAGCGAUGCGCUCCCCAGCGCCUUGGACAACGAGGAGCACACAGACUUUGACAAGGUCCUAGCUUUCAUCACUUCCAUGCUGAAUGACUGCCCCAAGGGCAUGAGGAUGAGGCAGCUGGGGAAGGCACUGAUGAAGCAGCAGGGGGUGAAUCUGGAGGCCUUCAGUUGCACCAGGGGCCACAAAGAUGUCGUGUCCUUCUUGCUGCUGGAAGUCCCUGGCAUCCGGCUCUGGUACCCAGAGAAGGGAGAGAAGUGCCUGGUCUUCAGCAAUGCCUUUAAGAAGAAUGUUAAAAAACUCUUACCACUCCUCUACAGUCUGCUGAGCUCCUACCCCUCUGGUCUGCCAGUCUUUAGGCUGAGAAGGAUCAUGUGGACAAGACACGGGGUGGACCUGGAGGAGCUGAGCCACAAGCGGGGAUAUCGGGAUACCUUGGAUUAUCUUGCCAGCAUCUCUGGGGUCAAGCUACAGGGGCUGGACAGAGGAAUCAAGUGUCUUGUCCAGCAUAAGAAAGCACCCAAAACAAAAAGGAAAGAGAAGUCUUCUGCUUUGCCACACUCCCUGCAUCCUGCCUCCUCUCUUGCUCCACCCCACAGCAGCCCGAAGCAGGACACCACCCCCGCAGAGCCUGCACCUGCAGAGCGAAUGGCUACUACUAGGCCGGAGAAGCAGACAGUUGGUUUGGACCAGAUCUGGGCCUGUAUCUUAGGUGUGCUGGGCCGCUUCCCUAUGGGCCUGAGGGUGUCCAAGCUGAUGGAAGCCAUGCCGAGGCAGCAUAGGCAGAACCUGCAGGGGCUGAGCCAGGCCUGGGGUUAUGACGAUGUGUUGGGCCUUCUGCAGCAGCUGCCUGGUCUCAGGAUGAGAGACUUAAAGAAAGGCCAUUAUUGCGUUGUCCAACUUGCUGUGGAUGCUUCGGGGAAGUCCCCUGCACACAUCUGCCCUCUUGUUCCUGCUCCAACUUCAGCCCAGCACUGCAGCAUCCCCCUGCCCAAUGCCUCUCCCAUUCAUCCUGCACCCAAGGGGCCAGCGGAUACUGCCAAGACAGUCAAGGAGAUGCCUUGCUGGGAGGAGGUGAUGGCAGCCAUUCUGGAGUGUCUCCAUCUUAACAGCAGUGGCCUGUGUGUGACAACACUGAAGAAGAUGCUGUGGAAGGAGAAGUCGGUGGCCCUGGAGGGCUUUGUCCAGCAUAUGGGCUGUGAGGGUAUCAUGGACCUGCUCCUGCUGCAGGUGCCUGGGAUUGUUCUCCUCUUCAACAGGAGGGAGCAAUGCCUUGUCCAACUGAAGGCAGGUGCUAUGGACAAACUGGCAGGUCAUGCUGCGGGAAAUGCCUCCACUCAGCCCUCUGUCUCCCUUGGGGCAUCCCGUGAGGACCCAGCUCUCUCCUCUGCUUGCUCCACCUGUCAGGGAUUGAUUGAUGUCAUGUUUUCUCAUGCUAAAGGUGCAGGCCAGGGCCUUGAGCUGGACAGCAAGCUGUGGAGCAGUAAGGGAUUCACAGGUAUCAGCAAUGUGUCCGUGUUGCUCAGGGCCCUGCUGGGCAGCAGCUCCUGCAAGGGGGUCCUGAGGCUGUGGAGGGUUCGGGAGCUUGUGCAGGAGAGCCAUGGACUGGACCUGGAUGCUUUUGCCUGCUCCCAGGGCUACGAAGAUGUGCUAUCCUUCCUGCAGGACCACGUGCCUGGGCUGGAGUGCCGGUGGCCUGAGCAAGGAGAGAACAGCAUAAUCCACCUGAGGCCAGAUGCUGUGGAGAAGCUAGCAGAAAAUCACAGUCCGGAAGACAGCUGCUCGCAGCCCUCUACCUCCUCAGAGGUGUCCCAUGGGUCCACAGCUCCCUUCAUUGUCUGCGCCAGCUGUCAGGUGUCAGCUGAUGUCACGUUAACCCGUGCCAAGAAUGCAGGGAUCAGCAAAUCCUCAGCACCAAUCUGGGCCUUGAGGGGCAGUGACCCUGACAAGGGUGGCCCUAGGCUACAGAGGACACGGAAGCGCUUGCGGGAGAGCCAUGGGCUGGACUUGGAUGCUGUUGCGCACACCCAGGGCUGCAAGGGUGUGCUGCCGUCCCUGUGGGACCAUGUGCCAGAGCUGAAGGACUGGUGCCCCAAGAAGAAGAAGUGUGUUGGGACAGGGGUUCGUGGAGAUUCUGGACGGUUGCCCCCUGCUAGUUCCCAGUCUUUGCCUGGUCCCAGGAGGGACCUGCUAAAGGCUGCUUCCCCAGCCCCUCCUGCCAAUGGCUGGCUCAGUCCUCUGCUGCCCAGUGGUACCACCACAAAGCCCCUGCCUCCCAGCCAGCCCACAGUCUGGAAGCCCCCUGGUGUCUUUGCUGUGCACAGCAUGCUGAGUGAGUGUCCCCCAGUCAAUCCACAUCUGCCAGCUUGGAUCAGGAGCCCAUCCCAGCCAGCUGGCAUUGCUCCAUGCCUGCAGGCAAGCAAGGACUUAAGACCUGCCUGCAACCAGAGGGAUCUUGCAGAGCUGAAGCAGAAUGUGGCAGGCAUCCUGGCCCAGCACCCCCAGGGCAUGUCUCUCUUCCAUUUCAAGCAGGCCUACAGCACCACCUACCAGCACUCACUGCCCCUGGGUCUUGUGGCCUCGGCCAAACAGAGGCUGGCAGAGAUGCCAGACGUGGUGAGGAUCCAAGGGUAUGGAGUCCAGACGCUGCUGCUGCCCGUUGCUGACAGCAGCCCCACAGGUCUCAGCCUCUUGAUCCCAGAAGAAGCUACUGGCCCUGCCGGAGACUCCGAUGAUGUGGCUGAUUUCCUAUCUGCACCCCAGGCCCGGCCAGCCACUCAGGUGUGAAGCUCAAAGCUGGCCUGGAGGAGCCAGAUCAAUGUUGCCAUGGAGAUGGGAUCCAGUAGCAAGUCAUGGAUCCUGGCCCAGGCCAAACUUCUCCCUGCCUUGGACAGUCCCAGCUCCAUCACUUGUCCAGUUGCGUACCCUCUACCACAGGAGAUCCCCUCAUGUUUGGCCCCCUCCAUGAUCCAAGCACCAAAGUUUUAGUUUCUACAGAGAAAAGUUCUGAUUUUUUUUUGCUGGAGAAGAAAACAGAUUAAUUUCAGGAAUUCCAGUGGCAGAGAAACCCCUUCUUCCUGCAGUCUGAACACUCACUAGACCUGCUUCUAGGAAGCCAGACUAGGGAGUUACAGCCUCGUGUUAUCCCAGGUUAGCCACCACUUCUUGGAAACAGGAGCCAGUAACUGUGGUUUCAAGGAAACAACCUGCUUCUCAGUUUCUGAUACCUCCUGCUGCCUCUGCCAGGAACUGUUGUUUCUAGAUAUUAAAUCUGGUACCAAUCUACCCAAUCGCUACCCUGGAUUUUGGGCUUUUGGGGGCUCAGUUGCAACAAACCCCUGCAGUGUCAGGCACAAUCACUACAACCAAUGAGGGAUUUACUUUAUAUUGAGUAUCUUAGGGGUUAAGGUCACAGGUGAAUGUGAAAGGACAAAUACAGGUAAAUAGGCAUUCACAGUACAACAACAUACAC